AUGCAAUCAAUGAUAUUUCGGCCCAAGUUGCUAAAUUGGAAAGAAUGGGAUUCUUCGUCAAGGUAUUCAUCUAUCAACGUCGAGAAGAUCUCGCAAGAUAAGAAAGGUAGAGAAGGCGGUUUUAACCCGGAUUUCAGAAAGAAAGAAACGGCAAAGUGCAUCUUGUGCGAAGAAAAUAGUCACAAAGCCGUCAAAUGCAAGAAGUUUAAGACAAGCAAAGCAAGACAAGAAGCUCUUGAAAGCAAAGGGCGUUGUGCAAAAUGUGCCCGGAAAGGACACAGAGCAAAAGACUGCACGGAGAAGCCCGAAUGCUAUUGUUGCAAGAAAACAGGUCACACAGCAAUUACCUGUUUUGAGACAAUUAAAGCAUUGUCACAAGGUGGAAGUGGAAUAAAAGAACCACCACCGUGGACAAGAAGGAAUGCAAGGAUGAAUAUCCGGUCAUACGAAGACCCAGAGAGGUUGCUGAUGGUGGCAAAGGCAAUCAUCAAGGAACCGAAGACGGGCAAAUUGUACUCAUUGGACAUGUUAAUGGAUUCUGGAGCUGAAGACUCAUUCAUUAAAAGAGAAAUCGCCGAAGAUCUCGAACUACCCGUGAUAAGAGACAACAUUCACAUGACUGUUACAGGAGCAGGGGUUAAAAAAUUCUCUCGUCUC